CGGGAGGAGCACACCUUUCCCAGUCCUCGUCCGCCAGGCAGCUGGGGCCGGCGCGUGGGGAAGCGGCUACUCCCCUUCUGCCCGUCAAUGUAAAUUCGAGAAUUGGCGGAACCAUCCCCGUGCUUCGCGUCAAGGCCUCGCCCUGCCUCGUUCCCUUCUUCCUCGUUGUCCUGCUGGUCUCACGCUCACUGCAGCACAAGGAUGUGCCACAAUUAGAGGCAGACACUGAGAAUCCAGCAAACACUCAAGGGGCAUCUGGACUCACGAAGCGGAACAGAACUCUGCCUAUAACUCUGGGUCAAAGUGCAGAGCAGUCUCCUUCGGGUACCACCAUCACCUCUGCGGGCACCUCUGGGAACCUGAGUGUAGCCACUGCAAACACAGUGCGGUGAAGAGCACCCUCUCUCCUGCUGGAAUGAGCUCAAACGGAAGCAACUUCGCACAGCCCGACUCCACUUUCCCACCUGCUCCACCCGGAGAAAUAUCACCGCAGAACAGGACACCAGGGUGUGGCUCAGACCUUAACCCUGUGUAUUCCUUCCUGUGUGACACGCAGGCCGCUUGGGGUAUUGUCGUGGAGACCCUGGCUGUGCUAGGAUUUUUGGUCGCCGUGGGAGUUCUGGUGGGCUUGCUGGCCUGGAUGAUAUGGCAGUGUGUUCACUACAGGAAGGGGGUGGGAGGAGCACCUGCAACCCUGGCACUCUUCAUCCUGGGCCCUGCAGGCCUUUUCGGGCUCACUUUUGCUUUCAUCAUUCAGCUCACCCCCCAGACAUGUCCAACGAGGGUCUUCCUCUUUGGGGUGCUCAUGGCCUUUUGCUUUUCUGCAUUGCUGUCCCGUGCUCUGGCCCUGCAGGGCGUGGUGGUCACUCAGGGUUGGGGAGAGGCGGCCCUCACGCUCGCCCUAACCAUUGUGCAGGUCAUCAUCGGCGCGGAAUGGCUGCUUAUUGUGCUGGUCCGAGAUCAGCAGCCUUGCCACUACAACCAGGGUGAGUUCGUUAUGCUCCUCAUCUACGUGAUGUGUCUGCUGGCUGCUGGCCUCUGCUGCUCUGCCCAGUGCCUGUGCCAGGGCCAGGCAAAAGUCCAAGCAGCCCUGAUCUUCCUCACCCUGGUACUGUCUGCGGCCAUCUGGGUGGUAUGGAUCUCCUUGCUAACUAAGGGCAACUGGGUGAUGGGCCGCAGGCCCAUGUGGGAUGACCCAGUCCUCAGCGUGGCUCUGGUGUCCAAUGCCUGGGUCCUGCUGCUGGGCCAUGGCUUGAUCCAGAUGGGAGCCCUGCACAAGAGAGCUGAUGAUGGGCCAUUGGACUUCACAGGCUGGACCAGCCCCAGUGGUGAGAUGCACACCCUGGGCAGAGAGAACCGCAGUUUCGAGGGAGACAGCCAGGACAGGAAAGGCAAACGGAAAAAUGAAGUGCAGCGAUCGCCCUAUGAGUCCGGAUUCUCUAUGACUGACAUCAACCCAUCAAAAGAUUUCUCCAUUCCUCGACCUCAGACCACCAACACCAGCGUGCUCUACGAUGACUACUAUGGACAGAGGUUAUCUCAUUAACAUACUGACCUACAAGAGGGAAUAACCAGAAAGGUCACCUACAUUAUCUAGCUUUUCACUUCUUGCUAUGUCAGUGUGCUCCUUAAAAAGCAAAUGCUUCCUUAUUUUAACAUUUUAAAAAUGUUAAACUUUUCCAACAAAUAAUCAAAUGCUAAACAGCUACUGUUGCCUGGCAAAAUAAGUACUUCUUGUCAUUGCUUUGUAUUCUACUGUCUGCAAGUUACCUUAUUAAACAAAUCUGGCACACCACUGUAAUUUACGCCCCAACUGUUCACCAAACUGGAAACAAAGCAGGAAAAAGAUAUGUUCUCUAAACAUCUAGAAGCAGUAAAAAAUGAUUGUAUGGCCAUUAGUUAUAAA